AUGGAUGGCGUCGCUUCGCCAGGGUUUGCUUGUGGGGCGAGAAAACGAGGGCGAAACCGCAGCAGGCAGCCAGCAGGGGCUAAAAUGGAGGCGAAGUUCACCGCCGCACUAAGGCACUGUGGACAGUGUGCGACGUACCAGGAAUUGUGCGGGCGCUUCGAUGCGACGGUGCGUCCACUGCUGGAGCGCUGUCUUUGCACCGCGUUGCUGCGGCCUGUGCGGGAACACGUGAGCCCGGAUGAGUGCAGUCCGCAUGCGGCACAACUACGUGAGGCGUUGUGUGGAGCAAAUACGGGAGACGACGUAUGGUUCUUCCUGAUCCGGGCCGCCGCAACGUUUUUGGAGCGCGCCGCGAAGAAGCGUUGGCGCAAUGGUGAGACGACAAUCUCAGCGCACGUCGUGAAUGUUUUUGUGCUCUUCUACGGUCGCGUCAUCCCGGACCUGUCGGAGCUUCGCCUUCAGUGGGGGUUUCUGCAGAAGGAAAAGUCAAGGUAUGAAGCCAGCGAGUCGUAUGUGCAUUCCAACGCUGCGGAGCGGCGAAAGGCGUUGAUGACGUCUGUUCUUUCUGUCUUCUCUGAGCGUGCCCACCGGCACUACUUCACCGCACUGUGGAUGCCAUGCUUCCACCACGCCGCGGAAGCUGCUCUGCAUCUGCAUCUACUCCAUCGCAUGGGCGACGUCAUUCUGCCGCACCUUACCAAUCCACUUGUUGUUGCUGACCACUUGAGCGGCUGCUUUUCUAGUGGUGGCCUUGUCGCUGUGCUGGCAUUGCAUGGCAUCUUCCUCCUCAUGCUGGACCACGGCCUGGAGUAUCCACAGUACUACCAACAACUCUACACGCUUCUCACCCCGGACGCUUUUUCAUCGCGUCACCGAUACGAUCUUUUCCGGCUCUUGGAUCUCUCUAUGAGUUCCUUGCGCGUGCCUUCAUACAUUGCGGCGGCUGUCGUGAAGAAGGUGGCUCGUGUGGCUCUACUUUCACCGGCACCGGUGCUUUACUUUGCUCUUCCAUUCAUCCGCAAGGUGCUGCAACGGCAUCCCAAUUGUCUGGCGUUGAUUCAUCGCUCCUCAAAGGAGGCAGUCGAGCCAGCUGAUGACACGGCAGCGACGGCGGAGGGGGAGUCAACUAACAAAAGGCAGAGGAAGAUGGAGGAGGCACAACGCUUGACGGCGUCGCUUUUCGACGGCAAUGACCCAUACUUGCCGGAGGCGAACCUUGAAGAGUGUCAUGCAUUGCACAGCACGUUGUGGGAGUUCACGGCGCUGGAGCGACACUUCAUUCCUACGGUGCCGUUGAUGGUGUCCGCAUUCGCCAGCACUGCGGAGGAUCAGGCACCGCUGCGGUACGAGAAGACAUACGCACGUCUCUUUACAGCAGAGGUGACACGACCCAUGUCGAAGUUGCGGCUGCCGACGGUCGCCUACAGUGAGCCAGAGGAGGAAGAUGGCGCCAACGCCGUCUUAGUGGUGUGA